AUGUCUGCCAUGGGUACCUCAGUGUACAUCAUGGUGGAGCUAGCCAUCGCGGUACUGGCCAUCCUGGGCAACGUGCUGGUGUGCUGGGCCGUGUGGCUCAACAGCAACCUGCAGAACGUCACCAACUACUUCGUGGUGUCGCUGGCAGCAGCCGAUAUCGCCGUGGGGGUGCUGGCCAUCCCCUUUGCCAUCACCAUCAGCAUAGGGUUCUGCGCCGCCUGCCAUGGCUGCCUCUUCAUCGCCUGCUUCGUGCUGGUCCUCACGCAGAGCUCUAUCUUCAGCCUGCUAGCCAUCGCCAUUGACCGCUACAUCACCAUCCGUAUCCCACUCCGGUACAGUGGCCUGGUGACGGGCACACGGGCCAAAGGCAUCAUUGCAGUCUGCUGGGUACUGUCAUUCGCUAUCGGCCUGACUCCCAUGCUGGGCUGGAACAACUGUGGGCAGCCGCAGGAGGACAGGAACCUCUCACAGGCCUGCGAGGUGGGCCAGGUGGCCUGCCUGUUUGAGUACGUGGUACCCAUGAACUAUAUGGUGUACUACAACUUCUUUGCGUGUGUCCUGAUGCCCCUGCUGCUCAUGCUGGGUGUCUAUCUACACAUCUUCCUGGCAGCACGGCGGCAGUUGAAGCAGAUGGAGAGCCAGCCAGCACCGGGCGAGCGGGCAAGGUCCACACUGCAAAAGGAGGUGCACGCUGCCAAGUCGCUGGCCAUCAUCGUGGGGCUCUUUGCCCUGUGCUGGCUGCCCCUGCACAUCAUCAACUGCUUCACCUUCUUCUGCCCCAAGUGCACCCACGCCCCACUUUGGCUCAUGUACCUGGCCAUCAUCCUCUCCCACACCAACUCUGUCGUCAACCCCUUCAUCUAUGCCUACCGUAUCCGAGAGUUCCGCCAGACCUUCCGCAAGAUCAUUCGCAGCCACAUCCUGCGGCAGCGGGAGCCCUUCAAGGCGGGCGGCACCAGCGCCCGGGCCCUGGCGGCUUAUGGCAGUGGUGACGGAGAACAGGUCAGCCUCCGCCUCAACAGCCACCCCCUCGGCAUGUGGGCCAAUGGCAGUGCCCACCGUCCUGAACGGCGGCCCAAUGGCUGUGCCCUGGGGCUGGUGAGCAGAGGGGGUGCCCUCGAGUUCCAUGAGGACAACAGCCUCCCACAUGUGGGCCCAGAGUCCCCUGGCCUAGUGGCUCCCCUGGCCCAGGAUGGAGCAGGCGUGUCCUGA